UAGAGCCCCGUAGACUGCAGAGGAUAGGCUACGCCAGUGAAUGGUACCAAAAAGUAACAUCGUAGCACUGCAUACAUUUAGGUUACCGAAUAGCAUACCAGGUUAUAUAUUCAAUAGUUUAUUUUUUUUAUCAUUCACACACACAUACGCACUCGGCAGUCUUCAAACACCACGUACGCACUCACUUGGUAGCCACCCUACAUCAUCCGCCAGGGACCAACACUUGACGCCAACUGAGUUUUUGAAAAACAGACGUCCACCCCUGAAUUUACCAAAACACAUAUCGCAGGAAGAGAGGGAAAGUUGGGGGCAGGAUGUUGGGACUGGUCCGGGUUCCCGUGGCGGUGAGCUCCUUGGGGCUGCUGCGGCUCCUGGGGACUCCCUGGUCCUGGAGCCUGGCUGCAGGGCUGGGCGUCUACCUGGGCACUGGGGGCUGGAGGUUCCUCUACGUGGUACUCAGGACAGCUAAGAGAGACCUGUUUGGCCUGUACGUGCUCCUGCGGGUGAAGUUCUCCAUCCGUCGGCACCUGCGCCUGGGCAGCACCAUCCCCUCCAUCUUCGCCGCCACGGCGGCGCGCCACCCCGACAAGCCGGCGCUCGUGUGCGAGUCGACGGGCGAGACGUGGACCUUCGCCCAGCUGGCCGGGCGCUCGGACGCGGUGGCCCAGUGGGCUCUGGCCCGGGGGUGGGCGCCGGGCGACGUGGUGGCCGUGUACGCGGAGAGCCGCCCGGAGCUGGUGGCGCUGUGGCUGGGCCUGGCCAAGGUGGGCGUGGAGGCGGCGCUGCUGAACUUUAACCUCCGCCGCCACGCGCUGCUCCACUGUGUCAGCGUGUCCGCAGCACGGGCGCUCGUGUUUGGAGCCGAGCUCGCCGACGCUGUGCAGGAGGUGAGUUCAUCGCUGGGCUCGUCCAUGCAGCUGUUCUGCACAGGUGAUCUGAGUGCAGAACGGCUCCAGUCCCUCUCUGCCCAGAACCUGGACCGUGUCCUGGCCUCCACCCCACAGACGCCGCCGCCGCCAACACACAACAAGAGCUUCAACGACAGACUCUUCUAUAUCUACAACGUCUGGAACCACUGGGCUGCCAAAGCCGCCAUCGUGGUACACAGCAGGUACUUCCGCAUCGCUGCUUUCGGGUACCACUCUUUCAGCAUGCGGUCAGAUGACAUCAUCUACAACUGCCUGCCGCUCUACCACUCAGCAGGUAACAUCAUGGGGGUGGGGCAGUGCCUGCUGCAUGGACUCACAGUUGUGGUGAAGAAGAAGUUCUCCGCCAGCCGCUUCUGGGACGACUGCAUCAAGUACAACUGCACAGUGGUGCAGUACAUUGGUGAGAUCUGUCGCUACCUCCUCUCCCAGCCAGUCCGUCCGUCGGAGGCAUCCCACCGCGUGCGUCUGGCCGUGGGCAACGGCCUGCGGCCCAGCGUCUGGGAGGCCUUCACCCAGCGCUUCCGGGUCAAGCAGGUCGGAGAGUUCUACGGCGCCACGGAGUGUAACUGCAGCAUCGCCAACAUGGACGGAAAGGUGGGGGCGUGUGGCUUCAACAGCAGGAUCCUGCCCGGUGUGUACCCCAUCCAGCUGGUGAAGGUCAACGAGGAGAGCAUGGAGCUGGUUCGGGACAGCAGGGGACUGUGUAUAUCAUGCAGACCAGGGGAGCCUGGACUGCUUGUGGGGAAGAUAAAUCAGCAGGACCCUCUGCGUCGCUUCGAUGGCUACGCCAACCAGGAUGCCACCAAUAAGAAGAUAGCUCACAACGUUUUCAAAAAGGGAGACGCGGCUUACCUCUCAGGUGACGUGCUAGUGAUGGACGACCUUGGCUACAUGUACUUCCGGGACCGUAGUGGCGACACGUUCCGCUGGAAGGGCGAGAACGUCUCCACCACCGAGGUGGAGGGCACCCUGAGCGGUCUCCUGGGCCAGGCAGACGUGGCGGUGUAUGGGGUGCCCGUGCCAGGAGCGGAGGGGAAGGCCGGCAUGGCGACGAUCGCUGAGGCCACUGGAGGCUUUGACUGUGAGGCGUUCCUGAAGGGGGUCCAGGCUGCACUUCCCCCUUACGCCAGACCCAUCUUCCUGCGCCUGUCACCGCAGGUGGACACCACAGGAACCUUUAAGAUCCAGAAGACACGGCUUCAGAGGGAAGGAUACGACCCAAGGCACUCCGCCGACCGGAUCUACUUCCUGAACAGUCGGGCAGGGCGUUAUGAGGCUCUGACUGAGGACCUUUAUAGCGCCAUCACGGAAGGACGAGUGUGCAUCUGAGGCUGUCUGCGACCCUCUGGGGUUUACAGUCGCAUAGCAAACUAGUUAGGUAGACAGAUAGCUGUGUUGAUGGACACACAGAUUGUAAUGUGUAUGCAGAGGCAGACAAACUGACUGACUGAUAACCAAUCCCAUUUAUACUAGGGCAUGAAUGGAUGGAUGGAUGGAUGGAUGGAUGGAUGGAGGGAUGGAUGGAGGGAUGGAGAGAGAUGGUUUGAUAUAUAGAUGUGUGAAUGAAGGCCAGAUGGAGAUAUGGAUGAAUUAAUUAACGGAUGGAUGGAUGGAGGGAUGGAGAGAGAUGGUUUGAUAUAUAGAUGUGUGAAUGAAGGCCAGAUGGAGAUAUGGAUGAAUUAAUUAACGGAUGGAUGGGCAGAAAGAUGGAUGGAUAAAUGAAUGAAUGUAGAGAGAUGGUUAGAUUUAUAGAUGUGUGAAUGAAGGGCUAGUUAGAAAUAUGGAUGAACUAAUGAAUGAAUGGAUGGAUGGAUAGACCGCAAGAUUGACACCUAAACUGAUGCAUAGACCAGCAUAAUGUUACUGAUGAACUGAGGUAUGCAGCGAUGGGUUAGCCGCCACAAACCCACAGGUCAGGAUGGCUUGACUGACAAAUCUCAUCAUAAAUACAUACAUAUGAAGAGGUAGACGGACAUGUUGACAAGUAGACUGACUAGAUAUCAGUUGGACAGACUGGUAGAUAAACUCUGAAACACGCACACAGAGAGAGAGAGAGAGAGAGAGAGAGAGACCGAGACAAGAGUGUCUGCUUAUUCCUGUCUGUGUGGCAGGGCUGUUUUUGCUAUCUAGGGUGUUCUGUGUGAUUGUGUUUGUGUGUAGUGGAGGCAUUAUGGAGGUGGGGGUGUGGGGUGGAUGUAUAUCACCAGCACAUUCUGCUCACCAAUCACCAGCCCCCGCAACCCCCCGCCCCCGCCUGCCACCGCAAAGUAGACGGCUCCACCAAAAGCCCUACCGGCUGUUAAGGAAGCGCUGUUCUCAGGUCUCUGGGAAUCAAUACUGUGAAGACGAAAAAAUUUUUGUGUGUUGAACCGUGCAGCCCGGAUAACGACUGACUCCGAGUCUGAUCUAACCCUGAUCCGGCGGGUCUGUGAGCUGAGAGUUAGCUUCUAUCUGGGCGGAUAAUACACAUAGGAGGAUGUGUGUUGGUAGGUGAGUUAGUCAGAUGUAGCCAUUGGACGAGAUGUUCAUGAAGUAGUGCUGUGUCACUGCUAUUUCAGUUUCUUUAUUUUAUUAUUCUAUUAUUACUCUAUUAGUGCCGUGUAGUUGUUUUACUUUAAUUAAUGCUGUGUCAUUGUUAUUUGACUUUAUUUUAAUAUUUUAUUUUUGUUAGCUUUCCAUUGGCACUGAAACUCAAUAAGCACUAGGCACUUCAGAGGUAACUGUGAUUAGCUGUCAAUGAUCCUGGUGUUUAUUUAAUUGAUGACAAGCUUAAUAUCAUAAGAUACAUCUGACCAUUUCAUGCUGAGUGAGUCAGGUUAAUGAACAAACAAGCAAACAAAAACACUGAAAAAAAAAACUGAGGUGAAAGCCGAAGUGAAACUCCAUUUCCAACUGUAUUCUAUCUUCUAACAGCUAUCUGGACUGCUCUUCUAUUGUUAGCUUAGCUCAUUAUUACUUACUGGUUAGCAUGCUACUUAGCAACAGGAGCAUCUGCCACUGUGGGUGACAUAACGGCAAACGCUAUAUACCUCUGAAGUUCGCCUACAAAAAAUGCUACCGUCUUUGCCCAUAUAUGGAGAUUCCUAGUAUCUUGAGAUUUUUCCUAUGGGAAAAUAACAUGGGGAUUUGGAAUUAUCACACCUGUUAAACUCUUGCGGGAAAUUCAAUUGUUUUGCUCUACACACUUUUGUCCUCUUCCUUCAAGGGGAUACUAUGAUCUCCGGGACGUGAAGGCGGCACACUUUGAUUUUUGCUACCCCAGAGCAAACUUGCGAUGCAACUUGCCAUUAAGUUAGUUAGCAAAUUAGCUCUGGGGUAGCAAAAAUCAAAGUGUGCCACCUUCACGUACCAGAUAUAACAAUAUCAAAUCGAAGGCAGAGGACAAAAAUGUGUGUUCAGGAAGACGAUUUCAGCAUUUCAGACUUUUUUUAUCCCCGCAAGAGUUCAACAGGUGUGAUAAUUCAAAAUCCCCAUGGAAAAUUAGCCAGAUACCGGAUCUCAAAGGUGGCAGCUUUUUUGUAGGCGAACUUCAGAAGUCUAUGCCCUAGGUGUCUGACUACUAAUGUGUUUAAGCAAAAGCACUCAUAUUGAUAUGCUGUAUCUGUAGGUCAAAAGACUGUUAAUCACAGAUAGGGCAAGACUGAAUUGGAUGUAAACCUCAAGCUGAUCUAUGCUGACUAAGAUGUUACUGUAUUAAUGGUUGAUUUGGUGUGUGUGUGUGUGUGUGUGUGUGUGUGUGUGUGUGUGUGUGUGUGUGUGUAUCCAGUAAGAGUUAAAAUGCAUGUAUGUGUUUAUAUGUGUAUGAGAGAGAGCUAGAGAAAGAUGUGAUUUCAAAAAGUAAAAGUAAAACACACAUAAUGUAUCCCAUCACAAUAAGCUCCACCCAUAUCUUUUGAUGCUGCUGGGUGAACCAAUCAUGACGUCUUUGAACCACACUCCGGUCCAAGUAAGAAAAAAAAAACACUGCACACUUUGAACAAAAGAAUAUACAACUAUGCCUUUAAUACGCUAUGACAAACCCAUAAGUGCCUGACUGUAAAUACUGACAAAGUAGUGAAUCAUUUCUGCCAGAUCUGGCGGGCGGACUCUAAAGCACCUAACCCUCGAACUGAGACUCCUUCAGGUUGAUCUGUUUGUACUCCAUUGAGGAAUUGGAAUAAAUGCUCUAACUCUGACAAAACAAGGAAACCAUCGA